AUGGGACGAGAGUGUGUGGCAGCGACGGCCCCUUCCCUUAGAGCUGCUCUGAUGAAUCCGAAAGAGAAGAAGCGCGACCUUGGCAUCACACGAAUCGGGACGUGGUUCAGCUAUUGGCAGGCUGUACGAGAGCAAGUAUUGAAGGGCGUGAAAGACUUCACAACUCUAGUGUCGAAAGAUCUGCGCUCCGACGUUGAGCGUGACAUCCUGAGCGUUCCUUUGCGAGUAGAAAAUUCCUUCGUGUCGUUCCCUCGUUGUCUCGUUUGCUCCAAAUACUCCUUGCUGUGUGGCGUACGUGGACAAAGUCGCGUUUGGUACGGGAUCGACCUGUUGCAGGUGCAAGUCUUACGUGGACUAUCAUUGCGACACUUGGAGUGGAGCGGCACAGGAGAAGUGUAA